AUGCCAGCCGACAAGGGACGUUCUACGGUCACAUUGGACAGAAUCGACUACCUUCAGAGGGUGAAAAAUUUACUGGACGAUGGCCAGUUUUAUGUUUCUUGUGAAACCAAUCCCAUCAAAAAGCAGAAACGUGAAAUCAAUUCGAUGCUGAUGGCACUAGAGAACUCGGAUGUAAUAAUGCCGCCUGACCGACGCAUGGCGAGAGCUCACGAAACGGCCUUGGCCCACUUCUAUGACCUCCCUGAAGUGCAGAAGGAGGACGCUCCUCUCCGACCCAUCGUAUCACCGAAAGGCACUCUAACGUACGGACUGGCGAAAUGGCUGUUUUAG